AUGUCUGAGAGUUCUAAUUCGUCCAACUCAUCUUCUAACUCUUCCAAUUCAUCUGCCAACACAAAUCAAAAUUUCGAUGAUGACUACAACCGACGUUAUGAGAGACGGAGGCAAGCAAAUCGUCUUGUUGAUCGAAUGAUGGAUGAAUUCAUAAUGACCAAUCCAGUUGAAUUCUUUCAAAUGGUUAAUCAAGUUCCAAGGGCACCAAGGACGCUGGUCGAAAGGGAUCGUGAAGACGGACACAAACGUUUAUGGAAUGACUAUUUUGCUGAUCCUCCGGUGUUCCCUCCAAACUUGUUCCGUCGGAGAUUUUGCAUGAGAAAGCAAGUCUUUCUCCGUAUUGUGCAUACUUUAGAAGAACGUCAUCAGUUCUUUCAACAACGGCAAGAUGCUACUGGUAGAUUUGGAGCAUCAGCAUUGCAGAAAUGCACCGUGGCUUUAAGAUUACUUGCAUAUGGAACUGCUGCUGAUUUCGUUGACGACUACUUACGGAUUAGUGCAUCUCUUGCGCAAGACUCCUUACAACAUUUUGUUGAAGGAGUUGUCUCUUAUUUUAGUGACGACUAUCUGAGAAGACCUGAUGAAGAGGAUAUGGCCAGACUCCUACGAGAUGGAGAACGUCGAGGCUUUCCAGGGAUGAUGGGGUCCAUUGAUUGUAUGCAUUGGCGAUGGAAGAAUUGUCCUUUAAUAUUGAAGGGCAUGUUUUUCGGGAGAGCUAAUAAGCCCACUAUGAUUUUAGAAGUUGUGGCAUCACAAGACCUUUGGAUCUGGCAUGCUUUUUUCAGGACGCCAGGUAGAUGUAAUGAUAUAAAUGUUCUUGACAGGUCUCCAUUAUUUAAUGAUAUAUUCGAAGGUCGUGCACCUUCGGUUAACUAUAUCGUUAAUGGCCACCAAUACAAUAUGGGAUAUUAUCUCACUGAUGAGGGUCUUUUCGCCAAAAAGCAAGAAGGUCAGCGAAAGGAUGUCGAACGUGCAUUUGGAGUACUACAAGCUCGUUUUUCCAUUGUGCGGCAUCCUGCUCUGGCUCGUGAUGUAUCAAUGCUUGGAAAAAUUAUGAUAGCUUGCAUCAUCUUACACAACAUGAUCGUCGAGGAUGAGCGAGAUACAUACGCAAGAUAUUAUGAUCCAAGGUAUGAUGAUCCAAAUGAAUAUGAGCAAGCUGAACCCCCGUCUUCAAGUAGAAGAAACUCUCAAGGACCAUUUCAAUUUAGCAACAAUAGUAACCGACCAGCUAAUUUGGAGACUUACAUGGCGAGUUCGUGA